GCAUUGAAAGGAGGCCUUGAAGGAUGCCUGUGACUUCAAGGUAGAUGACGCUGGGGCUAAGGUAACAUCAAGAUAAGGAGAAGAUUUGUAAAGCCACUACGCUGUCAAUAGGAUCAUGUGGUUGGGAAAGGAAGUUCACCGGCUGGAGUUGAAGCAAUAAAGAGCCCAGGUAAGAAAAAGCAGCCAAGAAUAUUAUUAUUGGUAUCUGGAGUUGAAUUUGCCAGGAAUGUGAGCAACCGCUUCCUCGGUAAAGAUCUUGCUUUUGGAAACAUCUUACCCCUUGGCAGCUCUUCAGAGUUCAGACUUGGCAGCAUCAAGAACACAAUACAAGGCUACAUGUCCAAAAUGGGUUGGUAGGAAAGCUCAGAGACUCAAGACAUCAAAGACUUCAUCACACUUCAUCAGUGUACUUCCAUGAUCACUGCAGCAGUGGGAAGAGAGAGUGGCAAAUUAUGCACUGGCAUUUAGAGUUUCAUUGGUCAAAGCAAAUUGCUUAAUUGCAAAUGGGGAACUUUGAAGAGCAGUGUUGCCCUCUACCAAGAGAGAAAGGAGAAUUGGAAGAUAUGUUUUCCAGACAACAGAGUCUGAGGCACAGCUUAUGCCUGGGUGCAAUACGAGGACAAGAAUGAAUGAAAAAUGGAAGAAAGAAAAACAGUAUAUGAGAAAAAAGAAACACAAGCAGGCAUUUUGGAGAUCAAAGAUGGGUAGAAAAGAUGCCUCCACUAUAAAACUUCCUGUUGAUCAGUACAGAAAGCAAAUUGGUAAACAGGAUUAUAAAAAAACCAAACCUAUUUUACGAGCAACCAAAUUAAAAGCAGAAGCAAGGAAAACAGCAAUAGGCAUAAAGGAAGUUGGCCUUGUACUUGCAGCAAUAUUGGCCCUCCUACUGGCUUUCUAUGCUUGCUUUUAUCUCAGACUGUCAACAGAUGUUGACCCUGAUCUGGAACCAGACGAAGAUUAGCUGAGCAGCAGUCAAUUCAUGAAAAGGAAGAUAAUUUUAUAAAAGCACCUCAUGGGACCGAUACUUUCUGAAGUACUGAAACAGCAACAUCUUGACUUCUUUCUACUGAUAGUUUCGGUUUGCAGAAAUAUCUUUUUAAAUAGUUGCAUAGGGUAUCAGGAAAAGAACCUUACCUAGCAAUGUAGUAUAAUGUAUGCUACCAGAUACUUUUAAAAUCUUUAUACUUUGACAGGCAACCUAUUCAUGGUGCAUUUAGAUAACGUGGAAAACAGAUCCUAAAUUCUUCGGAUGCCUUUGGCCAUUUAUGUGUAUAACACCAUCACAUGCAAAUUACUAAAUCUAUUUUUGCUCCAUAUACAUCAUAAAUAAAAGUAUAUAUCCUCAUUUACAGAAACAUUCUCAAAUCACAUUCAGAGCCUAAGAAAGAAUGAAAAGUCAUGGGAAAUUUUUCAUUUUACUAAGAAGCCCUGCUUUCUUUCCAGACGUAUUUUAUAUCACGAGAGAGACUAUCUGCACAUGCAGCUACAGUACUUUUUCCUUCGUUGCCAACUGUUCGGUGCACAUGUGCUCCAUCAGAAAUGGCACCUGGAUGACAGAAGCUCAAAGAGUCACAUAUGUCUCUAAAAUAGAGUUCCUUUCCUCUUGGGCUGUCUGAACUGGCGUAAAUAGAAAGUUCAGUUGAUCUUGAUUUUAAUUAACUUAUUACUCUAUUACUGUAAACUUGGAAUUCUAUUUUAAUUAUGUUCUUCUGGCUUCUUGCAGUAUCAGUUUGCCCCUCUUGUUAGGGAGACAUGUAACAGUCUGUCGUUUAAUUGUGCAGUCUUUCUCACACAACAGUCGUAGCAGAAGUCCUACCUACUCACAAUCAUUUUUCUUGUCUCUUAAAUCUGAACAAUACAAAGUAGUUUUACAAAAUUACAGUUUGUCUCUUGUGAGUUAAUGAAUUAGAACUUUUACAUGAAAAAUAAAUAAUAGAAGAAAGUAUGUCUCAUAUUACUCACAUAUGUAGUUCUCUGUUUAUAUAAUUUUUCAAGAUCUUUUCUAUUUUGGGGGUAUAACAACCAAUAUAUUCAAUAUUUUUACUGGUAGUGGAAUUUUCUUAUAUUUUUAGAACACAUGAAUACAUAAAGCUUAGAAAAUGGAAAAAUAUGUGUCCGCAGCAGAGUUGUUAGCUCUGCUACCUUAUAUAAAGAUGUGUAGAAAAUGAAUAAUUUGAAGCAUGCACAAAGUGUUUUAUGGUAUAUACAUUGUAUUUAUGGAGAGUAAAUAAAAUGUUAAGAUUGAUUCCAUA